AUGGGAUGCGGAUCAUCGAUGGGCGCAAUGGAUAGCAAUGCCUUUCAAGCAGCGCUGCGCGAAGCUGAUCUGCAAAGCUCAUCUCGCGGAUUGCCUGCCGCUGCAAGCUUGACAUACCAAGGUGUUUUCAAUGAGCACUCCUUCUGCACCGGCGGGGCUGAGACCAAAGAGAUCGUUGCUCUCACUGCUCAUGCUGUGCACGAUGAUCGUGGAGAUGAUGAGGUUUGGGUUGGCUGCUUCCUGAAGUCAUGCCGUGAUGGCCAGCCUCGAAACGAAGUGCCCAUGGACAUGGUCGUGGUGCUGGAUGUUUCCGGCUCCAUGGGCCUCGCUGUGAGCGGCGACCUUCAUCAGUCGCGGCUGGCAUUAGCGAAGAGCGCGCUGCUGUCUUUGGUUCCUAGGCUCCGUGCCGAUGACCGAUUUGGUCUUGCAACUUUUACACGUCAAGGACAUGUUGUGCAGCCGUUAAUCCAUGUGUCAGAAAUGACAGACCUGGAUGCACGCAUCGCUGCAUUAACGCCAGGUGGUGGCACAACUCUAGCUGCAGGCAUGGAGGCAGCGAUCCAAAUAUCGGGAGAGCCAGAAGUUCGCAGACACCGAAGGCUUUUGUUCCUCACUGACAUGGAUGACUUGGACUCUGAGCAGCUAAAUCUCUUGGUGGCUUCUCAAUCUGACAGGGGCUUGUAUGUCUCCUUUGUCGGCAUAGGUGCGCACUUUAACUCCUCCUUGGCAGAGGUGGUCACAAAGCAUCGAGGCGCCAACUACUUCUGUAUGACGCGCCAGGAAGAGCUUCACAAGAUCAUCGUUUCCAACUUUGACUGGAAUUUCUUUCCUGCAGCAUUCAACGUCGAAGUUACUCAUCAGAGUGAUGCUUUUGACCUUCAUGCUGUCUAUGGCACAGCUCUCGACACUCAUGAAGAGACCAUCGAAGCAGAGUGGAUGCCGAGUGCUCACAAGUACUAUCCCACUGCCUUCAAGGAAGUCGCGCGUACGCUAAUGCUUUGUGCCCAGCGAACCGCUCACGGUUGCCUGCCCAUGCCAGCAUGGCAGAAGAUAUUUUCAUUCUUGUCAGCUGGAGUUCGGACGGUGGUUAACAUUGACACGGUCUUUCCGAGCGGCGUCUCUGAAGAUGGCUCUGUUGAAGGAGGUCUUAUACUGCUUCGGUUGAAGCCUCGAGCCCAAUUUGGCAGCCUGUCCGCUGGGCACGUACGACUGACCCUGCGCUACGAAGCAAAUGGGGUAUCAUGUGCAGCCUGUCAGGACAUCUCGGUAUCAGACAAUUGCAGUGAGCAGAGUCUUGGUACGACUUUGGACAGAGCCGUUCGGAAGGGCAUGAUGUUGCAGCGCUAUGUUCAUACUUGCAGGCAGUACUUGUUGCUCAGAGAACCUGUCCGGGCGCACGAAGAAGGACAUCGUGAGUAUGUUGAAAAGGUGAGGGCUGCCUUGGCAGAUCUGCAUGCAUUCAGUGCAGAGCUGGAUGCGGUCCAAGAAUGCACAACAGAUGGCUCAGAGUUGUGUCCUGGAGUGCGCAGCCAACUGGCAGCUUUCCUGGGCAUGGUCGAGUCUCACGCAUCCAUGGUAGACUCCUGCGCGUUGGAGUCACUGGAGCCAGAAGUCAACCAGAAAGUCCAGGAAGCGUCUGAACAGGACGCCAUGCCGGUCCCCUGA